AUGAUCGGAGAAACUCGCGAGCCUUACCCGACGGUGCAGAGUCCUACAUGGCCGGUUUCAGAUGACUUCACAACGGCGGAAUUUUUUUCUCCGGCGAUUAACCGUCCAGAUUGCAGCAUGCUUGAAGCUUUAACGGCGUUACAUCGUUAUCUUCCGUCUAACGAAUCGUAUCCGGAUUCCGACCCGGAACCAUUCGGACCGGACUCUCCAGUCGAUGCUCACUCCUGUGACCAUUUCCGCAUGUACGAUUUCAAAGUCUUGAGGUGUUCUCGUGGCCGGAGCCAUGACUGGACGGAGUGUCCGUACGCUCAUCCCGGAGAGAAGGCUCGCCGGAGAGAUCCGAUGAAGUUCCGCAAAGGCGGUUGCAAGAAAGGAGACUCUUGCGAGUUUGCUCACGGAGUUUUUGAGUGUUGGCUUCAUCCUUCUCGUUACAGGACUCAGCCGUGUAAAGACGGCGGUGGAUGUCGCCGGAGAGUUUGUUUCUUUGCUCACUCGCCUGAUCAGCUUAGGUAUGUCCAGACACGAAGCCCUGAUCGGGUCGAUUCCUACGUUAGAGCGUUUCAGCUCUCGAUUUCGCAUGUUUCCAGUUCGCCGCCGGUGAGUCCGAGAGCUGACUCGGAGUCUUCUCAGUCACUGAGUCGCUCGCUCGGGUCUAGUUAUAUAAACGACGUGACGACGUCAUUUCGGAACUUACGGUUUGAGAAGUUGAAAUCAUUUCCUUCGUCUUAUAAAAAUCCGUUUCGAUGCUACCAAUCCGGAUUCGGGUCGCCCCGAGGAUCCAUGUUGGGUCCUGGGUUUCAGAGUCUGCCUACAACUCCGGCCCGACCCGAGAAUCUGGAUAUUUGGGAGAAUGGUUUAGAGGAAGAGCCUGCAAUGGAUCGGGUCGCGGAGUCGGGUCGUGAGCUACGAGCGAAGAUGUUUGAGAAACUGAGCAAGGAGAAUUGCAUGGAUCGGGUUGAACCGGAUCAAAAUUCGGGUGAUGCUCCGAUGUCAAGUGGGUAUCUGAACAUGUGA